AUGUCUAGUGCGUCGGUUUCAUCUUCCAAGCCAGAGAAAGUAACGGAAUUAAUGCAGGAGGUCAAGUCUGUGCGAGCGAUGAAUGCAAGUCUACGUGCAUAUUUGGAGCAUUUGCGAAUGUUUAAAAAGAACCUUGUCGCUGUAAAUGAAAAUUGUAAAGAACUUCGUAAAGUUAACUUAGAAUGGAACGAAAUUUUAAGUAGUAUGAAG